AUGGCAAAACCUGUUAUUGCUGUGGCCGGAGCUGGCGAUCUUGCCAAGGUCUUCCUCGAGGAAUCAUGGGCCGACGGCACGUUUGAUGUCGUUGUGUGCACGAGCAAGGUCAGGAUGGCUUCCAGACACGCGCAGAACAAAACGCAUACUGACCAGAAACAGAUGAAGGAAUGGUACGACAAGCCGAAUAUCAACGUCGCCAUCACCGACUACUCGGUCGAGUCCAUGACGGAGCUCCUCAACUCCACCGGCGCCGUCGCCCUCUACGUCUUCUACAUCACCUUUGACUACCCUGUCUUCGUCAAAGUCCAUAGCGACCUGCUCGACGCCUGCAUCGCGUCCAAGUCGUGCAAGCGCUUCGUGCCGUCUGAAUGGUGCGGAAAUGCUCUGGACUUUCCCCGCACGCCGCGCUUCUACGGAGAGACCCGGCUGCCAAUCCGCGAGAAGCUGUGCGCACAGACAGAAGUCGAGUGGACCGUUAUCUGUCUCGGCUUCUUCAUGGACUACGUCGUCCCGUCCCACCAGACAUACCUCAAAGACUACGGCGAAAUGGACCCGUGGCAUCGUGAGAAGUGGGUGGCCACACUGAUGGGGACGGGAGACGAGAUGGUCGGCAUGACCUCGAGCCGUGACGUCAUGAAGGCGGCCAUUGAGAUUGCCAAAUUGCCUAAAUGGGAAAAUUAUUUCUUUAUUGUCGGAGAGAACACCACCCUCAACAAGGUGACCAAGCAGAUGGAAGAGUUCUAUGGCCGCAAGUUCAACAAGAUACAAUACAAGACAAAGGAGUAUACAGAGGCAGAGAUGGAGAUUAACAAGGAUGAUGUCGAAAGGCAGAGCGUACUGGAUGUAUUUGAGUGGCUCUACAAUGGAGCUACAUACAUGCCAGAGGAAUACUACAAGCCACAGAGAGAAAAGUACUUUACGAAUGUCAAGUUCAGGACUGUAGCGGAACUGCUGGCAGACUCCAAGGUGAAAGAAUUGGUCUAG